UAUACGUGACAUUAAAUGUUCAAGAUGAAAAUUUAGUCGUAAACCUAAAACCAGCAGAAGGUUUCCAACGCUGUUUUAAUAUACAAUAUUUAGUACAAAUUGUUAAACAAGUGGAAUAAGUGCUGUGACAUGAAAAUAAAAGGGAUAUUCAUAUUAAUAAUAUUCUCAUCAUGCGUGGUUAAAGUUAAAAAUAUACCAGGUCAUGCGAUCCCGAUGCACCGGGAGUAUUUCUGUAAGGACAACAAUGAAAUAUAUUCAACCCUUAUUCCCACUGUGGACUACUUUAGUGUGUCAGAAUACAACUAGAUACGAGCGGCGCAAUAACAGUAGGAAAUGAAGUAGAAGUAAUUACAAUAGAACAUGACACAAUCAAUAAUGUUCCAAGUACAUGGUAUUGAAGGAAGUAAAAUGGUUGUCUUUCAAAGUUAUAGGGAAAUUGGCACCUCACCACGCUCCUUACAUAAUUAGUUUAAAAAUAAAUGAUGUCGAAAACUGCUACGAGCCUCAUCGAACGUAUUUCAGUUUAUUUGAAUCCCUUGGAGUGACAAAGUUUUUUGAGGCACCUGAUCAAUUGUGUGGACGACGAAAAAUAGAUAGAAAGUACACUGAUCUUAUAGUGAAUGGCUCUCCCACAAAGUAUGGUGACUGGCCGUGGCACGCCGCUAUAUAUCGCUAUCGCAAGGCUUCUCUUAAAUACAUAUGUGGGGGUACGCUCAUCACCAAAGUUCUAGUCUUAACAGCAGCUCACUGCGCCACAAUAAGGGGAGAAACGGUCAUUUCGGAAAGCCUUGGCGUUGUACUCGGCAAAUAUACGCUAUACUCCAACGAUAUAGCCGUACAAUCAAAAGAGGCGGAAAAAACAUAUGCAAGAAUAUAUCCCUAUGACAAUAAUGAAUUUUCAAUUCGUUUUUUUGCUGAACAUGAUGGUUUGGGUUUCAAAGUCCAUGGAAAAAAAAUAGGAGUUGUUCCAUAUAUUACUAGUUUGACAAUUAAUUCUCAAGAAUAUUGUUCAAAACCAGCCCUGGGAUUUCUUGAUGGAUAUGUGUCGGGAUAUAAAGACUAUGCAGAAAGUGAAAAUCGUAAGUUAGAAGGGAACUGUGGUAGACGUAAAGUAUCGCACACAGAAUUAAUAGUCAAUGGAUCUCCCACUAAACCCGGUGACUGGCCCUGGCACACCGCAAUAUAUAGACUGGAUAGAUCACAAAUCAAAUAUAUUUGCGGAGGAACACUUAUUUCUAAAUAUUUUGUAUUAACAGCUGCACACUGCACAUCAAUAAGAGGAGUUGCGCUUCUACCCGAAGUGUUAAGUGUUGUUCUUGGUAAAUACAACUUAAUUGGUGGGGAUUUAGCUUCGGAAGAAAGAGAAAUUCAUCAGAUAAUUGUUCACGAGCAAUACGACAAAAGAUCGUUGGACAACGACAUUGCAUUGCUGAAAUUAAAAACCGAAGCAGUAUUUACUGACUAUAUUCAACCAGCUUGCUUGUGGUACAGCAAAGCUUCGGAAAAAUUCUCCGGUCGUGAGAUAAUUGGCAAAGUCGUUGGAUGGGGUUUUGAUAAUACCGAUAACUUAGCGCUCAAGCUCCGACAAGCUAGUGUCCCGUUAGUUUCAGAUGUUGUUUGUAUCAAAAGUAAUGCUGUUUUCUAUUCAAAGGUGCUCAAUGGCAAUAAAUUUUGUGGUGGAAAUCACAAUGGUACUUCGGCAUGUAAUGGUGAUAGCGGUGGAGCUUUCCAAGUGUUUAUUCCUGAUGAUGCACAGGAUCAAAGUGUGAACGCGUCAGGAGCUUGGCACGUCCGAGGAAUCGUGUCGCAGACGAUAUCAAGAUUUGACGUGCCGAUAUGUGAUCCCCACCAAUACGUUGUGUUCACGGAUGUAGAAAAGUAUAGAUCUUGGAUCGAUAAGCAUUUAGAGAUAAAUAAUGAAAUGUAAAAUAUUAAAAAAAAUAUAAUGAUUAUAAUUGUUCCAA